CACCGAGGCGUCUAGAUUCCCUUUGCUUCUCUGGAAACGACAGAGGUGGAGGGAGGCGACGCGGCUGCAAAGGAGAGGCUCGCCAAGGCGGCCCGCCUGCAAAGUGUUGCUUUGACACCUCCUGGCUGUGGAAGUUAAGGGGAAAAACUCCGGACGCGGAGCUGCUGCCCAGACGGAGACCGGGGAAGGAAACCAGUAGGCAGGCCAAUGGUUUUCCGGCAGCGCGCUGGCAAGUUUGUGGAACACUUUCUAGGAAUUAGAUCUUCGUCCUCUCCCUUCCUCGUCCUGACUUCUGAAGAAAGAACUUGGUUUUGGAUUGCAAUGGAGCCCGAGGAGUGAGGGUUAGACACACUUGAAUAAUCCCUCCGACGGGGUUGCAUUUGUGGGAAUUUAGGAAGCCCGAGUGGAAAUACAGCAGCCUUUGGUGCACCCUCUGUUCAUUUGGAUGAAUCUAAAUGUGCCCCAUCCAGGACCGCUCCACUAAGCCCUCUCAUCUUGCGAUUUGCUCUCCUUGACUUUAAUUAGCAUCUAGGAAAGUCUGAACUUUGGACCUACCUCUUCUUUUGAUACUUAUUUUUGUACUUUUGCUCUCUGGGAUUGGUUUCUUAAAACAAUCUGGAUCCUUUUUAAUAUGUCAAAAUGAGUCGGCUGAUGUUUACACAACUACUGCUCUGUGGAUUUUUAUAUGUUCCCGUUGAUGGAUCUCGUCUUCGUCAGGAAGACUUUCCCCCACGGAUUGUGGAGCACCCUUCAGAUGUCAUUGUUUCUAAGGGAGAGCCCACCACAUUGAACUGUAAGGCAGAGGGCCGGCCAACACCCACCAUUGAGUGGUAUAAAGAUGGUGAGCGGGUGGAGACUGACAAGGAUGAUCCGCGCUCCCACAGGAUGCUGCUGCCCAGCGGAUCCUUGUUCUUCUUGCGCAUUGUGCACGGUCGCAGAAGUAAGCCUGAUGAAGGAAGCUACGUUUGCGUUGCAAGAAACUAUCUUGGUGAAGCAGUGAGUCGGAAUGCAUCUCUGGAAGUGGCAUUGUUACGAGAUGACUUCCGGCAGAAUCCCACAGAUGUUGUGGUGGCAGCUGGAGAGCCUGCCAUCCUGGAGUGCCAGCCCCCCCGAGGACACCCUGAACCCACCAUCUACUGGAAGAAAGACAAAGUUCGAAUUGAUGACAAGGAAGAAAGAAUAAGUAUCCGCGGUGGAAAACUGAUGAUCUCCAAUACCAGGAAAAGUGAUGCAGGGAUGUAUACCUGUGUUGGCACCAAUAUGGUGGGAGAAAGAGACAGUGAUCCAGCAGAGCUGACUGUUUUUGAACGACCCACAUUUCUCAGGAGACCAAUUAACCAAGUGGUGCUGGAGGAAGAAUCAGUCGAAUUUCGUUGUCAGGUCCAGGGAGAUCCUCAACCAACUGUGCGGUGGAAAAAGGAUGAUGCAGACUUGUCAAGAGGAAGAUAUGACAUCAAAGAUGACUACACACUGAGAAUUAAAAAGGCUUUGAGUGUAGAUGAAGGCACUUACAUGUGUAUUGCCGAGAAUCGGGUUGGAAAAGUGGAAGCCUCUGCCACCCUGACUGUUCGAGCUCGCCCUGUUGCUCCUCCACAGUUUGUGGUUAGGCCAAGAGAUCAGAUUGUUGCACAAGGUCGAACAGUGACAUUUCCCUGUGAGACUAAAGGAAAUCCACAGCCAGCUGUGUUUUGGCAGAAAGAAGGCAGCCAGAACCUGCUUUUCCCAAACCAACCACAGCAGCCCAAUAGUAGAUGUUCUGUGUCACCAACUGGAGACCUCACGAUUACCAACAUUCAACGUUCAGAUGCGGGUUACUAUAUUUGCCAGGCCCUAACUGUGGCAGGAAGCAUUUUAGCAAAAGCUCAACUGGAAGUUACUGAUGUUUUAACAGAUAGACCUCCACCCAUAAUUCUACAAGGCCCAGCCAACCAAACACUAGCAGUAGAUGGCACAGCAUUACUGAAAUGCAAAGCAACUGGUGAUCCUCUUCCUGUAAUUAGCUGGUUAAAGGAGGGAUUCACGUUUCUGGGUAGAGAUCCAAGAGCAACUAUACAAGACAAAGGAACAUUGCAGAUUAAAAACUUACGGAUUUCUGAUUCUGGAACUUAUACUUGUGUGGCUACAAGUUCAAGUGGGGAGACUUCCUGGAGUGCUGUGCUGGAUGUCACAGAAUCUGGAGCAACAAUCAGUAAAAAUUAUGAUUUAAAUGACCUGCCAGGACCACCAUCCAAACCACAGGUCACUGAUGUUACUAAGAACAGUGUCACCUUGUCCUGGCAACCAGGUACCCCUGGGACCCUCCCGGCAAGUUCAUAUAUCAUUGAGGCGUUCAGCCAAUCAGUGAGCAAUAGCUGGCAGACAGUGGCAAACCAUGUAAAGACCACCCUCUAUACAGUGAGAGGACUGCGGCCCAAUACAAUCUACUUAUUCAUGGUCAGAGCGAUCAACCCCCAAGGUCUCAGUGACCCAAGCCCUAUGUCAGAUCCUGUGCGCACACAAGAUAUCAGCCCUCCAGCACAAGGAGUGGAUCACAGACAAGUACAGAAGGAACUAGGAGAUGUCAUUGUUCGUCUUCAUACUCCGGUUGUAUUGACACCCACGACUGUUCAAGUCACAUGGACAGUGGAUCGGCAGCCCCAGUUUAUUCAAGGCUACCGUGUGAUGUAUCGCCAGACCUCGGGCCUGCAGGCCACACCAACAUGGCAGAAUUUAGAUGCUAAAGUCGCAAAUGAGCGAAAUGCUGUCCUAGUCAAUCUGAAAAAGGGGGUAACUUAUGAAAUUAAAGUUCGACCUUACUUUAAUGAGUUCCAAGGAAUGGAUAGUGAAUCCAAAACAGUUCGUACUACCGAAGAAGCCCCAAGUGCUCCUCCACAAUCUGUCACUGUGCUGACAGUUGGAAGCCACAACAGCACAAGUAUUAGUGUUUCCUGGGAUCCUCCUCCUCCAGAUCAUCAGAAUGGAAUCAUUCAAGAAUACAAGAUCUGGUGUCUGGGAAAUGAAACACGAUUUCAUAUCAACAAAAGUGUGGAUGCAGCCAUUCGAUCUGUAAUAAUUGGAGGAUUAUUCCCAGGUAUUCAAUACCGGGUAGAGGUUGCAGCAAGUACCAGUGCAGGGGUUGGAGUGAAAAGUGAACCACAACCAAUAAUAAUCGGCGGACGUAAUGAAGUUGUCAUUACUGAAAACAAUAACAGCAUAACUGAGCAAAUCACUGAUGUUGUGAAGCAACCAGCCUUUAUAGCUGGGAUUGGUGGUGCCUGCUGGGUAAUUUUGAUGGGUUUUAGCAUCUGGUUGUAUUGGCGAAGAAAGAAGAGAAAGGGACUCAGUAAUUAUGCUGUUACAUUUCAAAGAGGAGAUGGAGGACUAAUGAGCAAUGGAAGCCGUCCAGGUCUUCUAAAUGCUGGGGACCCCAAUUAUCCGUGGCUUGCUGAUUCGUGGCCAGCCACAAGCUUGCCAGUCAACAAUAGCAAUAGUGGCCCAAAUGAGAUUGGAAAUUUUGGGCGUGGAGAUGUGCUGCCACCGGUUCCAGGCCAAGGGGAUAAAACAGCAACAAUGCUCUCAGAUGGAGCCAUUUAUAGCAGCAUUGACUUCACAACCAAAACCACUUACAACAGCUCUAGCCAAAUAACACAGGCUACCCCAUAUGCCACGACACAGAUCCUGCAUUCCAACAGCAUUCAUGAAUUGGCUGUUGAUCUGCCUGAUCCACAAUGGAAAAGCUCAAUUCAGCAAAAAACAGAUCUGAUGGGAUUUGGUUAUUCUCUACCUGAUCAGAAUAAAGGUAACAAUGCCUUACUUUACAUACCUGACUACCGAUUGGCUGAGGGAUUGUCUAAUAGAAUGCCACACAACCAGUCACAGGAUUUCAGCACCACCAGCUCUCACAACAGCUCAGAGCGGAGUGGCAGUCUCUCAGGUGGGAAAAGUGGAAAAAAGAAGAAAAAUAAAAACUCAUCUAAACCGCAGAAAAACAAUGGAUCGACUUGGGCCAAUGUUCCUCUACCUCCUCCUCCUGCCCAGCCCCUUCCUGGUUCAGAGCUGGAACACUACGCAGUGGAACAGCAAGAAAAUGGCUAUGACAGUGAUAGCUGGUGCCCACCAUUACCAGUACAAACAUACUUGCAUCAAGGCAUGGAAGAUGAACUGGAAGAAGACGAUGACCGUGUCCCGACACCUCCUGUCCGAGGAGUGGCUUCGUCUCCUGCUAUUUCCUUCGGGCAGCAAUCCACCGCAACCCUCACUCCAUCCCCACGGGAAGAGAUGCAACCCAUGCUGCAAGCUCACCUGGACGAGCUGACACGGGCCUAUCAGUUUGACAUAGCAAAGCAAGCAUGGCACAUUCAAAGCAAUAAUCAACCUCCACAGCCCCCGGUUCCACCAUUAGGUUACAUGUCCGGAGCCUUGAUUUCUGAUUUGGAAACAGAUGUUCCAGAUGAUGAUGCUGAUGAUGAGGAGGAGGCUUUAGAAAUCCCCAGGCCCUUGAGAGUGCUAGAGCAGACGCCCGGAUCCAGUAUGGACAAUCUGGAUAGCUCUGUGACAGGCAAAGCUUUUACCUCCUCUCAAAGGCCUCGACCAACUAGCCCAUUUUCUACUGACAGUAACACCAGUGCAGCCCUGAGUCAAAGUCAGAGGCCUCGGCCGACUAAAAAACACAAGGGAGGGCGAAUGGACCAACAGCCAUCAUUGCCUCAUCGAAGGGAAGGAAUGACAGAUGAUCUUCCACCACCACCAGACCCCCCUCCAGGUCAGGGUAUAAGGCAACAAAUAGGCCCGAGCCAGCAUGUUGGUAACGUGGAAAACUCAACAGAGAGAAAAGGAAGCUCUCUGGAGAGACAACAAGCAUCCAACUUAGAAGAUACAAAGAGCUCAUUGGAUUGUCCAGCUAGAACGUCCCUAGAGUGGCAGCGACAAACCCAGGAAUGGAUUAACUCCACAGAACGCCAAGAAGACAUACGGAAAGCCCUACACAAACAAGGUGUUGGACCAGAGGAGACCUUGGUGCCCUACAGCAAGCCCAACUUUCCGUCUCCAGGAGGUCACAGCUCAUCAGGAACAGCGUCUUCUAAAGGAUCCACUGGACCUAGGAAAGCUGAGGUGCUGAAGGGGGGCCACCAGCGCAAUGUCAGCGACCUUCUUGACAUAGGCUAUAUGGGCUCAAAUAGUCAAGGACAGUUUACAAGUGAAUUAUAGUAACUGAGAUGAGACAUGCAAAGCUGCUCUGAAGGACCAUCAGGUCUGAACUCAUGGAAGUGAUGACACUUAAACAGUGCAAUGAACAAUUUCUUUAUUUAUGUACUAUUAAAAGAACUGUAAAUGCAAUGUAAAGACACACAGCCACACAUAUCCCACAGAUAUUUUCCUUGUGUUCUUCUGUUACGUACACCACCCACCUUAACUCUUUCUUGUCAGGAGUAAACAAAAAAGAAAGAAAACAAAGCUCGCCCUCCAGGAAGCAAAGGCUUUCCUCUGUAUAUAAUUUCUUUUGUGCAUUGCUAUGCAAGCUCACUCUUUUUAGCUCUGUUCACAUUAUUGUCUGUUCUUAUUGGUCUGUUGUACUAUAUGUGAAUUAAUAGGCUGUGGUGCCAUAUAUUAACUUUUAAUUGUGUAACUUUUAUGUUUAAAUUUUGCACUGCAAUUUUAUUUGGUGAUAAGCACAAAUCUCUACUCCUCGUGACAUGAAGAAAAAGACUGAAUGUGAAGGGAGUUGCUGUACUGUAAGCUAGGUUGGAUAACGCUGAUUGUAACCAAUCACGUUGGAUGGUUUUUGGUUGGGGUAUAGAAAUAGGAAGAUGUGAAGGACAGUGGUGUUAGUGAAGUCUUCUUUGAACAUCAGGGACCAAGUCAGUAAAAAAUAAAAAAUAAAGCAGAAUGGUGGCUUUUACUGUUGAUAAAAGUGUGGGUCAAAUGAAGGAAGUUUAAGACUUAAGACUGAGUAGGCUUUAAACUAUACAAGUAGCGAAGAUAUACUAAACUUGCUUUAAGACAUAAUGAGAAAAUUAAAGCUAUAUUUAGAAUCAGCUUUACCUCUUGUUGUAAUUGACCCAUCUGAGAAUUGCAACAAGCAAAAGGAAAUUAAGGUGUUUCACAAGAGCUGUAUUUAUAUUACAGUUUUUUUUAAAAAAAGCAUUUUCUGAAUUAACAUAAUCUCUCCAACGCAUUAAGUCAGAAUAUAAUAUGAUGUUCCCCAAGGAAACAAACCAAAUGAACUCUAGAAUAUCCAGCAAAUAGUUAAAGAGGCAAUUUAUUGUUAGGACAUACUCGGGCUGCUUCGAAAUACAAAAACUCUAUUGCAAUAUCUUGUUUCAUCUUUCUAAUACAUGUACAGUACACACUAGAGGAUAGAGCUGCAUCACUUCAAUUCAUGACUUUUAAAAUAAUAAUGCAGUCUAUAUGCAACUUUGUGUUUCAUUUAAUGAAAAAGUGAAGUUUAUGCCACCAAAUGUACAGCCAACUUGUAAGUGCUUAAAAAGCAGUGCUCAGAGUAUGUUCAGUUCACAGUAAGUAGACUUAUUGGAAUAAAUAUUUUAUGGUACACUUUCAGAAAUGGGCUACCAACUAAAAUAUGUUUGACCCAUUUGAAUGAGUAAAUUGAAAAGAAAAAUUGAAAAGGAGAAAAAUGCAUGUUUAUACACUUUUUAAAUAAAACCGAACCUGGUAAAUGGACAUUAAUAACAGUGUCCUGCCUCAUUUGUUUUCACGACAUUGAGAACAAGCAUUUCCUAAAUAUCAGUCAUGUGUGGUCAAAAUGAAUAUGACUUUGAAAUAUAUGUUAGCUACUGUACAAGUAUAGUCAGUCAAGUAGAAGAGAACUUUCCACUUGUGACAUUUUCCCGUGUGCUGCCUACACAACUGUAAAUUCUCUCUCUAGUUAUACUUUCUCAUGUUUUUCCUAUGAUGUGUUCAGUAGUUGAUACUUUAAAGUAUAUUCAAUAUAAUGAUAAGUAGGGAUUAAUUCUAAAAUACAGGAUCCAUUGGAAUGACAAAUCAUUGGUAACUGAGCAUUUUUGGCUCAGUUAUCAAAUGUAUGUCACAUUAUUACAGUAAUGGCAAAAUUAAAUGUCUCCAUCUUUUUUGUCACCUGAGGCUGCAUCGACACAGGCACGCAUACAGGAACUCAGUGUUCUUUAUGGGCCCCAACUCCUGUCAUGCACUUCAUUUCUUCAUGGAGGAGAAAAUUCUGAGACACACAUAUUAAAUACGUCAUCAACUUUCUCCCAUAAGUGUCUGAAUUUUAACGCAGUUUGACUUCUUUGGGACAAAGAGACUGGGGAGGAUGAGAAAUUUCUUUUCAGAAUGAGUGCAUACUUAGUCACAACUGUAGAAUGUGAGGAAUUUAAAUUUUUAGUUAUGCAGUUCCUUACUUCAUCUCUUUCUAUUUAAAAGCAAAGUUUUGUUCAUUUGUAUUUCCUUUUACAUUCCUCUACAACCCAGUGUAAUCUAAAACCUUAGUUCAUUACACAUAGCCUUUUGCCCCUGGUAACUGGCAGGUGUAUGUGACUAAUAAACCAUGACUUCAAAAACAGAGUAUAUGCACACAGGUGACUUCUGGAAUAAGAUUGAGCAUGCAUCAUACCUAAUUGUCUCCAGUACAUAAAAUUCACUGUAAUGGUUAUAUUAUGUCAGGGUGGACCUUAUGGUGUCUUGGAAUAUUCUUUUAGAAUAGUCCACCUUGCCUAUUAAAUCUAUUUUUAAAUAAAUUGGUUGGUCAAAUAUUGCACAUAAAAUACCAUCCUCAAGUAGAUACAGAGCACAAUAAAUAGCUGUGGCUAUCCACAUGAGUUCAGGAGCACUGCCAAAACAUCAAGGCUUUGUCAGCUUGCCAUAGGUAAAAAGCUUUUAAUUCUUAUAGGUCAAAAUAUCAUUAAAAAUGCAAGUAUGAGAAGUAUCAUGAAUUUUCAUUUUGUAGCCAAUUGAAUGACUGGUUAGAAAUUCACUGAGCUCACUCUUCUGCAGAUCUAAACAGAGACAGGCCCACAUACGCUGUUAGUUAGAAGGAACUCUGGGUGGGAGAGGAUGUAAUCUUACCUGCACAAAAACAACACUGGUAUGCAGUCGUACCCCACAGCACGGCUCCAUUCAUAACAGGCAAAGUCUCCAUUGGGGACAUAGUAGAAUCAGUGCCCAGCUCAGGUAUUCCUCAGUGUAUGCAGGCAGACCAAACAACCCCGUCUCCAAAAAUUUCCCAUGCCAUAUUUAAUGUAAGGUGGGAGAGUACAGGGACAUGGAAACAAUUGAUUCCUUCACACGAUUAAAAUCCAGCUCAAGAGAGAAUAUAGGAAAAUCAAGAUCAACGUGUAUGCAACCAGAGGAAGAAAGAACAUCACAAGUUUACUUGCUGUAGGUAACAAAGCAGAUGAAGUGGUUUUCUCUGCCACGGUUUGAUGCUCUGGGUGUUUAGAUACAUUUUCAAUGGGGUUUGAGUUGGAAAUUUGUAACAGCUUGAUAGAACACCUCCAAAUUUCUAUGGAACUAAUUUGUGUAAUUGUCCACUGACAACAUAAUGAUAACAAUACCAACGAACUCUAAACUGGUUUAUUUUCUCCACUAGAAAGUGAUUGUGUGUCAGUAUUAAAAAAUGCAAACCAUGACAUUCACUAAUUUGUUCAUCUGCUUCUGUAUACUGUAUUUAUAGAAUUACAUGACAAGGAUUGGUGUAAUGCAACAUGUCUUUCCACAUUACCUUAGAGGUGAAAUUACUUUUAUUUUACUUCUCUUUAAUGUGUACUUCAAAUGAAACACCAUACAUUUUAAAUGAAAUUCCAUUUACUAAGUUUUCUUAUCUCAUAAUUUUUAAAAGCAUUUAUUGUGACUUUAAAGUGUUGCAAGAUAAGGGAUUUUGUGGCCGUGGGUAGACUUUUUAUAUUUUGUUUUAUAGAUGGAUUCUUUUCUAAAUGUACUUUGUUUAUGUCACCAAACAGCAUUCAAGAUCUUAAUGUUUCAUUUGAUGUUGUUAGAUCAGAAAAGAAAUUGGCGUAACAUUGAUUAAUAGUAUUGUCAAAGAAUUGUGUAUUGUGUACUCACUGGGAAAAAUAAAAUAUAUUCACAUUUCAAAUUUGUUAAAAAGCCAUUUA